AUGCCUAUUCGCAAUCCCUUCGCCAGACGCCCUGGCAUUGCCAUCACUCAGGACGAGAAUGUCCGCCCCGGCUCCUCCGACGGCUCUAAGGCCACCCCCGGCUUCGAAAGAGUCGACACCGUCGGCUCCAAGGCUUCGUCAGCCCUCAGCGUCGCCAGCCGAAAGAGCCAGGACAAUGGCGAGUACAAGAUGAGCGGUAAGCCUCGGAUUGUCCCCCUCUUCCGACUGCCGUCUCCCACCGAAGACAAGGCGACUUGGCCGGGGAAAUACCUGUCGAGGAAGUCGACCGACUCGAGGAGUCUGAGCACCACAGGCGACAUCGAGCACUUCUCAAUCUCGCGCGAGUCCUUUGAUUCAUACCGCCGCUCCUUUGAUAUCACGGCGCGCUCUCCCAUCGUCGCGAACGAUGCCCCUACCCGUCAGAGUCUCGAUUCUGCAAGGUUCCCUCGCAUGCCGCGCUCUUCCCUCACGCAGCGACGCUUCGAGAAGGAGCCACCAACACAAGAGGAGAACUUUGAGGAUGUCGGCUUGAACGAUGACACCAAGCAGCAACAACCAAAGAAGCGCGGAUUUUUCUCCAAGUUUGGAGACUCCCACCCAGAGCCAACAUCAACUGGCUCCCCGACUGCGUCGAGGUUUAGUUUGAUCUCAGGCCGGAAGCGCGGCCAGAGCGGCCAGGGUGCCGAGCUUGGUGCGAUGGAUAGGCCUGGGACCGCCGGCUCGGUAGAGACCGAGGUCCAGUCAUAA